CCGGGAGUUGAGCGUGUCGAUUUUCUGUCACAUUUCAGGCCAGGCUUAUUUGAAAAAAGAUGAACACGUCCAGUCGGGACCCAUAUCCUCCAUCAAAACUGGAAAACGACCUCACUUUGAGCGGAUAUAAGCCGCCGCCGAAAAGAACCUUUCACAAACCGACCUAUCUGGCGCAGACAGAAGAGCCAUGGAGCCGUCUUCAUAAUUCUGCUACAUGUUCCAGUUUCAGGAGGAGCACCCUGUUCUACUACCAGCAGGCCCCACAGGACAGCCUGGACUUUCAUUUGAAGACCAUCUAUGACCACCACAGGGACUUCUUCUGGAGUAAGAACCACAUCUUCUAUCAGAAGGACACUGUGUGUGACAACUGCAGACACACUGAGAAGCAAGGAGACAAAGAGACAGAGCAGGACCAGGACAUCAGACGAUGGGUCUACCCACAGCGUUGCUCCAUUUACAGUAUCAAAUAAAAGGUUAACUGCACC